AUGGACAGCUCCGACAAGAAGAGAAGGCUCAGUGUGUCUAGCAGUCCUUGGGCCGAGCCGGCCUCGGCGAGGAAACGACACCGUCUGCCUCGGACGUGCGAGUGGGUUCGUGAGGAGCCGGCCUACCAGGCAUGGAAGUCGUGGAACGAGAGCAGCUCGCCGUCGCUGUGGAUUCAAGGACCAGUGGGAAUAGGAAAGUCAUUCCUGGCCGACUUCAUCGCUGCCGAUGUCCAACAAGCCAGCCCCGAAUCAGCAGUGCUCACAACGCACUGCACCGCACAGUCUACCCCGGCGUUGCUGGCAGGCGAUCUUGCAACCCAGCUGGUGCAAUCUUCAAAGACGAGCGACUCGCUCAAGUCCCAGGCUGCCAGCGUCGUCGCCGACAGCUCGUGCGCCGACUCGGCGACUCCGCCAUACGAUGCCAGCUUCAAGACCUGGGACCGGUGGAGGCUCGUCGUGCAGGAGUCGCCGCGCCUGACGCUCGUCGUGGACGGGCUCGACGAGUUGUCGGACGACUUCUUGUCACGCCUCAAGUUUGACCUCGCGUCGAAACUGGUCGAGCUGACGACGAUGCUGGCCGGCAACGUCAGACUGCUUGUGCUCAGCCGGCCAGAGGCCAACAUUCUACGCGCGCUCGGGGACUCGCCCACCAUCCAGGUGACGGCUGCCAAAGUCGCUCGAGACAUGGAGCGGUUUUGCUCAUCCGAGGCCUCCAAAUACCCGAGCCUAGACGCGGCGGCCGAGGCUGUCAGCACAGCCGUGGCCCGCAAGUCCGAAGGUAUAUUCGUCUGGGCGGCCCUCGCCAUCAAGGCUCUCGCAGACGAAAGCAGCCCCGAGGAUGUCGACUCGCGGCUGGAGCGCCUCCCUACUUCUCUUGACAAGCUGUACCGCGACGUGUUUGAGCAGCAGUCACGGACGCUCCCCGAGACGCGCAUCAUGCUACGAGAUGGCGUGUUGCGAUGGCUGGCCUUUUCAUCGAGGCCAAUGACCGUCGUGGAAGUGGCAAACGCCUUGGCUACGGAAACCAACACCUUCAUCGCGGACCUGGAAGCCACGGCGGCGGAGGUGUGCCCGUCGCUCGUCAAGCUCGAGAAUGGUUGUCUGAGGCUCGUCCACCACUCCCUGCGGCACUUUCUGCUGCACACCCGGGCGGCGGCGCCUGUGGAGGAGACGGUCGACUGGGCCGGCGAGCAGCAUCUCGAGAUGACGAGGACUCUCCUGAACUACCUGAUGCACCCGUCAUUCCGGCGCAUUGGCGACUCCCUGGGCUCCAAAGACCUCGGCGAGCUUUAUCCGCUGGCAGAAUACGCAUCCCUCUACUGGGUCCACCAUCUGAGCUUGAGCAAGGAGGACGAGGGCCUGAGAGAGCAGAUCGAGCGCUUUUUUCAAUCCGAAAACGCAAAGCAGUGGAUCGUCAAGCUCCUCCCCGAACUGCUCGCCCGUUCUGUCCUGCCCGUCCCGCCGCGGCCGCCAAUCAACGCCCGCUUCUUCUACAUUUCCAUGCUCAAGUCGCAGAUUGUGAACUACUACGGACAAGAGAGACGGCAUCAAGUCCGUCGGAAUCUCGAAAGCUGGCUGGAGUCGGUCUACGAGGGGCUCGUGGCGGAAACCAGCACCGGCGGCACACCUCGUGCCGAGUGUCUCCGGCGCCGGGUUGAGCUGGCCGAGCUGCACAGCUGGCUACCGGAGCGCGGAGGCCGCGUCGAGCCCCAGCUGAGAGAGGCAAUCGAGCGUUUCUCGCCGUCCUCGGACGAAGAUGGCUGCGGGGACUUGGUGGCGGCGGCUCGACAGGCGCUGGCGGACGACCUCAAGCGCAACGGACGCUACGCGGAAGCGGAAGACGUGCUCAGGAGCCUCGUCCGGGAUGUGGAGAGCACGCCCGGCCGUGACGGGAACGCGCUCCCCUUCGCGUACGACAGCCUGGGCUGGGUCCUGUCGCGUCAAGGCAAGCUCGACGAGGCGAGCGCGUUCCUGCGCGGCGCCCUCGACGCCUCUCUCGAGCAGUUCGGCUCCGGAUGUCCCCAUACGCUGCGGUCGCGUCUGGCGCUCGCAGAGGUCCUCGCGAAACUUGGUCGUCACGACGAGGCCCGCGACCUGUACGGCUUCCUGGAGAAACAGCUGCAGCGGUGCGAGCGGGACGGGCGACGGGCGACGAGCGACCUGCCCAAGGACUCUGUUGCUCACUUGAACAUCCUCGCCGGCAUCUACAUGCUGCAGGGCAAGUACGGCGAAGCCAGGGCCACGUUCCGCAUGGUGUUGGACGAGAGGAAGACCAUGUUUGGCGACAACAGCCGCUUGACGCUGUGGGCCGAGAUGCAAUAUGGCCUUGCGCUCCAUGCGGAAGGGGACGUUGAGCAAGCAGAGCAUGUGUUGUCGGGGCUGCUUCCGCGGCAGAUAGAGGUCCUGGGUGUCGAGCAUCAGGAUGUAAAGGAUGUGACGAAAGCGCUGCAAGAUGUAAAGGGGGGGAAAUAA